AUGGCCAAAGAGUUUCUUAAAACCCAUGAUUUGAUCUUCGCCAGCAGGCCAGCUACAUCGGGGGCCAAGUACCUGGGCUACGAGCGCAGAGACGUGGCGCUGGCCCCCUAUGGAGAGUACUGGCGGCAGAUGAGAAAGUUGUGCACAAUGAUAUUACUGACGGCCAAGAGAACGGAGUCAUUCAGGUGGGUAAGAGAAGAAGAGGCGACAGCCAUGGUGAGAUCUGUGUGGGAAGGAAGUGAGAAGGGCAUGCGUUCCGUCGAACUGAGAAAUCUCAUCUCCACCCUCUCACUCAACACUAUCUGCAGAAUGUUUGCAGGCAGAAGAUACUCCGAACUGAGCGGAGGAGAAUCGUUUAUAGAGAUAAUGACUGAAAUUAUGCAUCUCUUGGGAGUAAUUGUUGUGGGGGAAUACAUUUCCUCUCUUUCCUUUCUUGAUUUGCAAGGCUACCGCCGCCGUAUGAAGGCCGUUCAUAAAGCAUACGAUGCGUUUGCCGAGAAACUGAUCGAUGAGCGCGUUGAGCUGAGGAGGAGGAGGAGUAAAAGGUCGGAAAAUCCGGACCUUUUGGACGUGAUGCUGGACAUGGGUGAGAGGGAAAGUUCCAAGAUUCAAGUCUCUCGCCUUUCAAUCAAAGCAAUCUCUUGGUCGGUUCAGUUUCAAUAA